CCUCCGGCCGGGCCGUGUGCGGGCUCCGUGUGCCAGCCGCCCACGGUGUGCACAAAAUCCCCAAAAUAAUGCGGAAAUGGUGCACAUCUCGUGCUCAGUUCGUGUCUUGAGACGCAGAAAAGCAUGCCUUUCCACGGUAUGGCCCAGUCAACAGACAGAAUGUCGCUGCAGAUGGUAUCCACUGUCAGUAACUCAUCCUUGCUUCAGCCAGGCUUCUCUCUCCUGAAUUUUGAUGGGCAUGUUUUCUUUUUUGGUCAAAAAGGAUGGCCAAAGAGAUCCUGCCCCACUGGUGUAUUCCUUCUCGAUAUAAAGCAGAAUGAGCUCAAAAUGAAACCUGUCUUCUUCUCCAAAGACUCAUGUUACCUUCCCCCUCUCCGCUACCCUGCUCUUUGCACACUCAUGAGUGAUGCAAGGGCUGAUGACUACCAGUAUAUCAUCCAUGGUGGUAAAACACCUAACAAUGACCUUUCUGAUAAGAUUUACUUUAUAAGUUUGGUAAGCAAAACUAGCAAGAAAAUGACGUUCCAAUGCGUUGAGAAAGACCUGGGUGGAGAUGUGCCUGAAGCUAGAUAUGGGCAUACAAUUAACGUAGUUCACAGCCGAGGAAAAAGCAUGAGUGUUCUCUUUGGUGGGAGGUCAUAUACUCCUCUUGCACAGAGAACCACUGAAACAUGGAACAGUGUAGUUGACUGUUUGCCAUCUGUGUUUCUCAUUGAUUUUGAGUUUGGAUGCUGUACAUCAUACAUGCUUCCAGAGCUUCAAGAUGGACUUUCUUUCCAUGUUUCAAUUGCCAGAGAGGAUACAAUCUACAUCUUGGGAGGCCACUCACUUCAAAAUAACACCAGGCCCCCCAACUUGUACAAGCUAAAAAUUGAUCUGCCCCUGGGCAGCCCGGCAGUGACCUGCACCAUCCUGCCAGGGGGGAUAUCAGUGUCAAGUGCUAUAGUGACCCAGAUCAGUGACAAUGAAUUUGUCCUUGUCGGUGGCUACCUCUCAGACAACCAGAAACGGCUGGCAUGUAACACCAUACUUCUGGAAGAUAGUAAGAUAGAGAUUGCUGAAAGUGUGGGUCCAGAGUGGACACCAGAUAUAAAACACUGCAGGAUGUGGUUUGGCUGUGAUAUGGGUAAAGGGUCUGUUUUGCUAGGCAUUCCAGGGGCCAACAAACAAAUAAUCCCAGAUGCAAACUACUUCUACAUUUUGAGAUGCAAAGGAGCAGAAGAGGACAAGGAAGAAGAACUGAUAACGCAAACUUGCAGUCAGACAUCAAGUGAAGACCCUGGAGACUCCACUCCAUUUGAAGAUUCGGAGGAGUUCUAUUUUAGUGCUGAAGCCAAUAGCUUUGAUGCUGAUGGUGCUGAUACUUACAAUGAAGAUGAUGAAGAAGAUGAAUCAGAAACAGGCUACUGGAUCACCUGCUGUGCCGGUUGCAAUAUUGACAUCAACACCUGGGUCCCUUUCUAUUCGACAGAGCUCAACAAGCCUGCAAUGAUCCUGUGCUCCAGUGGGGCUGGCCACUGGGUCCACGCACAGUGUAUGGAUCUCUCAGAGACCAUGCUUCUACGUCUCUCGGAAGCAAACGUCAAGUAUUUCUGCAACAAGCACAUUGACCUUAAUAAAGGGCUACAAACUCCUCAAAAGGUGAUGUGCCUGAAAAAGCCACCCAUGAAACCAUUGCGCAAAAAGAAAACCAUGAAGUUAUCAACAUCAGCGAAAAAGUCCUUUCUUCGGAGACUCUUUGAAUAGAUUCACACUGCUGAUUUGUAUUCACUGGGAGGAAAUGAAAUCACACGCAAAGGCAACAAUGGUUGAAGCAACGUGGGUUAUUGGAGCUUGAAGAGAUCUUCUUAUUUCAGUUAUCUUAAUGUUUUUGUUAAAUUUCAAAGCACGUGAAUUUUUUCUCUCUCAUAUGUGUAUUUUUGUAAUACCCAGACAGGGACCCCAUCUUAGAGGGCACUGUACAAAUGCACAGCCAGACACUGGUAAACUGUGUGCUGAACUUUAUGCUAUAAUUUACUCCCCAGUAAGUUUCAUGGAACUGAUGGUGGGGUAAGACAUUGUCCCACGUAGUCAGUGCUGUUACUAUCUGUCCAUUAAGAACAUUAUAUUGCCUGUUCUAAUUUUUUAUCUUAGUCAGUAGUUCUAGAAAUAUUUGACCUAAUUCAUAGCUGCAUUACUCUAGUUUUAUGUUGGUGUAAUGAAAUAAAAUGAGACUAAUUAUUCUGGUUUUAAACAAAAGUAGUGGUUUUAAGUCCCUUGUGUCAGGAAUAAUGAAAUAUUCAGAUACUGAGGGUCAGUUUUCUUCAGGGACUUCCACUAUGGAAAGCUUACAUAUGGAGCAUUUAAUUCUGGAUAAUUAAUUUUUUAUUUUGAGAGUUAGGGAAUGAUUAUAUGUCAGUUUUGGCUACAGCUGAGGAAUAUCAUCUCACAGUAAAAAUUUAAUAGCUUUUUUAAAACUACUGUGAUCAUCAACUGCUCUUUGUAUUUUUAAAAUUUAGU